AACUCAACUCCUCUCUGAUGUCAUGAGCAGUAACUGAAUCCAGGCUGAGGGCUGAAGGCUGCAGCCGUGGAGCCGCGGAGCCGACCGGAUCCCCGCCUCUCACCGGACUAAAAUUCCGCUACAGGGCGACGAUCGGCGGUAGGAACAUGGCGCACUCACUCCGGAUUAACUUUGACCAGGAAGAAGUCUGGAUGCUCGCUCCAUAGCUCCGAGCCUCCCUCCAGCUCCGGGGUAUCGAUCCCUGAUAAUAAAACUGGAUAAACUACAGCAGGGUUUGUUUUGGAGCCGUGUUUUCCUGCCUCCCUGCUCCUGCUGCUGCUGUGGGAUGAAAGUUUAGAGCUGCGGUCGGAGGAUUUAGCAGAGAUGGAAAAGCAAAGAACGAGGAAAGAGAAGUUCACUCUGUUUGGUUCCCGCUCCACCAGCAGCAGAACCACCAACCCUCCCUCCUCAUCCUCCUCCUCUUCCUCUCCUGUGAUUCCCUCGGCCCUGAGCGUGAAAAGACCCGACCGACUGUCCGGCUCCGGCUCCUGCUCCGGCUCCAUCUCCGGCUCCGUCUCCGGCUCCGGCUCCGGCCCCGCCGGCGUCCUGAGCAAAGCCGAAUUCCUGGAGCGCGUGCGCCGCAGUAACCAGGCCUGCCAGCAGGGGGAGUUCGCCCUGGCUGUUCGCCUGUACAGCGAGGCCUUGACCGCCGACCCCCAGAACUGCAUCCUGUACAGUAACCGCUCAGCCGCCUAUCUCAGACUGGGACAGUACGGCACGGCUCUGGACGACGCGAUCAAGGCACGGCUCAUCAACCCUAAAUGGCCCAAGGCUUACUUUCGUCAGGGGGUUGCGCUGCAGUAUUUGGGUCGCCAUGCCGACGCCCUGGCAGCAUUCGCCUCCGGCCUCGCCCAGGACCCCAAGAGUCUCCAGCUUCUUGUCGGGAUGGUGGAGGCCGCCAUGAAGUCGCCCCUCAGAGACUCUCUUGAGCCGACCUACCAGCAGCUCCAGAAGAUGAAGCUGGACAAGAGCCCGUUCGUGGUCGUCUCCGUCAUCGGCCAGGAGCUGCUGACCCACGGUUUCCACGGCGCCUCGGUGGUGGUGCUGGAGGCCGGGCUGAAGAUCGGGACGUGCUCGCUGAAGCUGCGAGGCUCCGUCUUCUCGGCCCUGAGCUCGGCCUACUGGUCCCUGGGCGACUCCGAGAAGAGCGUGGCCUACAUGCAGCAGGACCUGGAGGUGACCAAGACUUUAGGUGACCAGUCAGGUGAGUGCCGGGCUCACGGGAACCUCGGCUCUGCGCUCUUCUCCAAAGGCAACUACAGGGAAGCUCUGGCCAACCACAGAAACCAGCUGGUUCUGGCCAUGAAACUCAAGGACAGAGAGGCGGCGUCCGGUGCUCUCAGCAGUCUGGGUCAUGUCUACACAGCUAUCGGCGACUACCCCAACGCCCUGGCCAGCCACAAGCAGUGCGUCCUGUUGGCGCGACAGACCCAGUGCCAGCUCUCCGAGGCCCGGCAGCUGGGCAACAUGGGCGCCGUGUACACCGCCCUGGGAGACGUCACCAACGCCGUGCAGUGCCACGAGCAGCACCUGGACAUCGCCAAGACUCUGGACAAUCGGCGAGAGGAGGCGCGAGCGUACAGCAACCUGGGCAGCGCCUACCACUCCCAGCGGGACUUUGACAAGGCCGUGUCCUACCACACCAGAGUCCUGGAACUGGCCCAGGAGCUGCAGGACAGAGCCAUCGAGAUGAGGGCCUACGCUGGUCUGGGCCACGCUGCCCGGUGCAUGCAGGACCUGGAGAGAGCUCGUCAGUACCACCAGAACCAGCUGGAGAUCUCCCAGGAGCUGCAGGACAGAGCCGCUCAGGGACGAGCUUCGUCCAACCUGGGUAUCAUCCACCAGAUGAAGGGGGAGUAUGAGGCGGCGCUGACGCUCCACAAAGCCCACCUGUCCUUGGCCCAGGAGCUGGGGGACUACGCCGCCCAGGGGAGGGCCUACGGCAACAUGGGCAACGCCUACCACGCCCUGGGCGUCUACGACCAAGCCGUACGCUAUCACCGGCAGGAGCUGCAGAUCUCCCUGGAGGUGAACGAUCGUCCGUCGCAGGCGUCCACGCACGGCAACCUCGCCGUGGCCUACCAGGCGCUGGGCGCCCACGACCGAGCUCUGCAGCACUACCUGCACCACCUGAGCAUCGCACGGGAGCUCCGGGACACUCAGAGCGAAGCCAGGGCUCUAGCAAACUUGGGCAACUUCCACAGCUGGAGAGGUGAAUACGCUCAGGCUUUGCCCUACUACCAGCAGUACCUGGCCUUGGCCCCCGGCCUGCAGGACCUCGAGGGGGAAGGCAAAGUCUGCCACAACCUGGGCUACGCUCACUACUGCCUGGGACAGUACAGAGACGCUGUCAGGUAUUAUGAGCAGGACCUGGCCUUGGCUAAAGACCUCCAAGAUAAAUUAGCGCAGGCUAAAGCCUACUGUAACCUGGGUCUGGCCCACAAAGCUCUGGGGGAGUACAACAAAGCAGAGGAGUGUCAGAGAUACCUGCUGUCGCUCGCACAAACCCUGGACAACACCCAGGCGGUUUUCCGGGCCUUCGGGAACCUCGGAGAUGUUUGCGUUUGUCGGGGGGAUCUCCCGGGAGCCGUGAAGCUGUACCAGCAGCAGCUGUCUCUGGCUCAGAAGGUCGGCGACCAGAAGAUGGAGGCCGACGCCUACUCGGCGCUCGGAUCGGCUCACAGGUUGCUCCGGCAGCUGGAGACGGCGCUGUCCUUCCACAGCCAGGAGCUGACGGUCCGAAAGGAUCUGGGCGACCGGCAGGGCGAGUGCCGUACCCUCGGCCACCUGGCGGCGGUGCACAUGGCCCUGGGAGACUACGCCACGGCCUUCCAGUGCUACGAGACCCAGCUGGGCCUGGCGCAGGGGCUCCGGGACGCCCGCCUGGAGGCCCAGGUCCACGGGAACAUGGGCAUCACCAAGAUGAACAUGGGCGUGUUCGAGGAAUCCAUCGGCUACUUCGAGCAGCAGCUGGCCAUGCUGCAGCAGCUGAGCGGGACCGAGAGCAUACUGGACAGGGGCAGGGCCUACGGGAACCUGGCGGACUGCUACGACGCCCUGGGAGACUACGAGGAGGCCAUCCAGUACUACGAGAAGUACCUGACGGUGGCUCAGAGUCUAAACCACGUCCAGGACCAGGAGAAGGCCUACAGAGGACUCGGCAACGCCCACAGGUCCAUGGGCAGCCUCCAGCAGGCUCUGGUGUGCUUUGAGAAGAGGUUGGUGGUGGCCCAUGAGCUGGGCGGGGAGGGCGGGGGGAAGGCUCAGGCCUACGGGGAGCUGGGCACCCUGCACAGUCAGCUGGGAAACUACGAGCAGGCGCUGUCCUGCCUGGAGCAUCACCUGAACAUCGCACGCACGGCCGCGGAUAAAUCCCUGGAGGCGGAGGCGAGCGAUGCACUCGGAGGCGUUUAUCAGCUGAUGGCAGACAACGAGACAGCUCUGCAGUGGCACCAGAGAGCUUUGGAUAUAGCCGAGCAGAUGGGAUGCGUGAGGAGCCAGGGUCGAGCCUAUGGCAACCUGGGGUUGACCUACGAGGCUCUGGGGAACUACGAACGGGCCGUGGUUUUCCAGGAGCAGCACCUGAGCGUCGCCGCUCAGACCAACGAUCUGGUCGCUAAAACUCUGGCCUACGGGAGUCUGGGAAGGAUUCACCACGCUCUGCAAAACUACGCACAAGCUGUCAUGUACCUACAGGAAGGGCUUCGUCUGGCGGAGCAGUUAGGUCGGAGGGAGGAUGAAGCCAAGAUCCGCCAUCGCCUCGGUCUGUCUCUGUGGGCCGGCUCAAACCUGGAGGAGGCUCAGCACCAGUUGUACAGAGCGUCCACGCUGUUCGAAGCCAUCCGCCACGAGACGCAGCACAGCACCGACUACAAGCUCUCGCUGUUCGACCUGCAGACCAGCUCGUACCAGGCUCUCCAGAGGGUCCUGGUCAGCCUGGGCCGACACGACGAGGCGCUGGCCAUAGCUGAGAGAGGACGGACCCGGGCCUUCGCUGAUCUGCUGGUGGAGCGUCAGCAGGGAAACCAGCAGACGGGCGGCAGCGACCCGUACAUCCCCGUCACCGUGGAGCACAUCCUGGAGACGGUCAACGCCCAGAGGGCCAUGGUCCUCUACUACUCUCUGGCUGGAGGCUUCCUCUACAGCUGGCUGAUAUCUCCAGGCUCAGGAAUUGUCAAGUUUAACGAGGUUUAUCUUGGAGAAUCUGGACUGGACACGUCUGAGUUCCAAGAUGGCGGCGGUGGGAGCCCACAAGGAGGAGGAGGAGGUGUUGGAGGAGGUCCCUUGUCUCUGGAGCAGUACAUAUGUAACGCCAGAGAGGCUCUGGGAGUGGACAGCCACUACAGCAGGGUUUGCUCCAGCAGCGAGACCGAGAGCGAAGCCGGAGACUUGUUGGAGCAACAGUUUGAGGAGCUGAACAACAACCUCACCUCAGCCACCGACCCCACGGGAUACCUCCGCAUGGUGUCCAGGAAUAACCUCUUCAACAGAAGCUGCCAGAGCAUGACGAGCCUCUACAGCGCCACAGUCUCUCCAGCGAAGGACGGUUUAUCUUCUCCUCUGUACCGACCCAGUAACAUCAGCAAACCUCCUCUACGAGCCCUUUAUGACUUACUCAUAGCGCCGAUGGAAGGGGGCCUGAUGCACAACAGUGGACCCGUGGGCCGACACAGGCAGCUCGUAUUAGUCCUGGAGGGAGAGUUGUACCUGAUCCCGUUUGCUUUGCUCAAAGGCAGCUCCUCCAACGAGUACCUGUACGAAAGGUUCAGUCUAAUUUCUGUCCCUUCGUUAGCCAGCCUGGCAGCCGCAACCAAGACUCCUCCACGUCGUAGCGGCCCCUUACUCUGUCCGGACGGAGGCUCGGUGGCUGCGGUGGUCGGGGCUCCUCGCCUGCCCCCCAGCGUCAUGGACCGCUGGCUGUGGGGGCCUUUACCCUCGGCCCAGGACGAGGCUCUGUGGCU